AGUAUAUUAUGUUUAAAUUAUUAGCCCUCGAUCAAACUCCUCAAAACCACCUAGCUGUGUGAUGCAUGCGUUUUAUUUCUUUAUAUUAUUUAAUAAAUUUUGCUUUUGUGUAGGCUUAUAUUGUAUACAUGGGUGAUCGGAUUAAUCCAGACGGUUCUGCAAAAAGCCUUCAUAUUGACAUGUUAAGCAACGUUCUUGAGGGUGUGCCUUCUCACAAGGUUUCGGAACACCUUCUAUAUUCAUACGAGAAUUUCCAUGGAUGCGUAGCAAUACUAACUGAAGAUGAAGCAGAGGUUAUCGCUGGCAUGGAUGGAGUUGUUUCCGUUUUUCGAAACGAAAAUGUUUACCAUCAUACAACAAGGUCUUGGGAUUUCAUGGGUGUCCUUGAGAAUGUUGAGAGAAGCAACAUCGAGAGUGAUGUUAUUGUUGGAGUUAUUGAUAGUGGAAUUUGGCCUGAAUCUGAAAGCUUUCAAGAUCAAGGUCUUGGUCCACCUCCCACCAAAUGGAAGGGCCGAUGUCAAACUUCACAAAACUUUACAUGUAACAACAAGAUAAUUGGUGCUCAAUAUUUUCGAGCUGAUGGAAACUUCAGCAAGGACGAACCAUCACCAAGAGACACAGUUGGGCACGGAACACACACUGCCUCCAUAGUUGCUGGAAGAGUGGUACAAAGCGCAAGCUUCCUAGGCCUCGGCCAAGGAAUUGCUCGAGGGGGUGUACCAUCAGCCAGGAUCGCUGUUUACAAGUCGUGUUGGUCUCAUGGUUGUACAUCUGCCGAUGUCAUGGCAGCAUUUGAUGCAGCCAUAUCAGAUGGAGUGGACAUCAUUUCAGUUUCACUUGGAAAUCCUGAAAUCGAAGCAUUACCAUACUUCCGCGAUUCAAUAGCCAUAGGAUCAUUUCAUGCAAUGAAAAGAGGAAUCUUGACUUCUACAGCUAGUGGCAACACUGGUCCUGGUCUUCGAAGUCUGAGCAAUUAUGCACCAUGGUUACUCACUCUCGGAGCUGGUUCUAUAGAUCGUAAGUUCACCACUAACGUCCAACUUGACAAUGGCAUGGUCUUUGAGGGGAUUUCACUAAAUACAUUUGAUCUCGAAAAUAAGACUUUCCCCCUAAUCUAUGGAGGAGAUGCCCCAGACACAAUAUUCUCAAACUCAACACUUUCAAGAUAUUGUUUACCAGAUUCAUUAAAUAAAACAUUGGUGGAAGGCAAGAUUGUAGUAUGCGACAUGCUAUUAAGACCUGACCGCGGGUUAGAGGAGGUUUUCGUUGAUGGUGCAGCUGGGACAAUAAUGCACUUUGUUGAACCCAAUCUUUAUGAUACUGCACUUUCUUUCCCUCUCCCUGCAUCUUAUAUUCGCGAUGAUGAUGCCGUUCAUCUUAUUGCCUACACUAGAAACUUAACAAGCACCCCAUUUGGAACAAUACAUAAAAGUGUAGAAGUGAAGGAUGCAUCAGCACCAUAUGUAGCUUCAUUUUCCUCUAGAGGUCCUCAUCCACUCUCACCUCAUAUUCUUAAGCCAGAUCUAAUUGCCCCCGGAGUGGACAUUCUAGCAGCUUGGUCACCGGUUGCAUCUGUAUCAAGAGUUGAAGGUGAUCCGCGAUCUGUGCCUUAUACCAUAGCUUCUGGGACUUCCAUGGCAUGCCCACAUGCCACUGCUGUUGCUGCUUAUGUUAAGUCUUUCCAUCCUACUUGGUCCGCUACUGCCAUUAGAUCCGCUCUCAUGACUACUGCUCUACCUAUGAGCCAUGCUAAAAACGGAGAAGCUGAAUUAUCAUAUGGUUCAGGCUACAUUAACCCCUUGAAGGCUGUAAACCCCGGCCUUGUAUACAAUGCUGAAGAGGUUGACUACGUGAAAUUCUUGUGCAGUCAAGGCCUCGACGACAUCAACAUGAACCGAGUAACAGGAGAUAAUAGCAGUUGUCAAGGAAAUACUACUAAUUGGGAUCUUAAUUACCCUUCAAUCGCGCUCCCUACAAGUGUAGGCUCCUUUAGUUCUAUGUUUACUAGGACUGUCACUAAUGUUGGAUCGCCUAAUUCGACGUAUAACGCUGUAGUUACUACGCCUCAAGGGCAGGCACUGUCCAUCAAAGUGCAACCAUCUGUUUUGUCGUUCAAUUCUCUUGGACAGAAGAUAACAUUUACGGUAAGGGUUUCAGGGACAAUUGGUAUGAGAGCCUUGAUAUCAUCUUCUUUGGUUUGGGAUGAUGGUCAACAUCAAGUUCGAAGCCCUAUUGUUGUUUUUAAUUUGUCUUAGAUAGUUAGAUGUUUCAUGUUUGGCUUGAAAACUAGAUCUAUAAAUUUGGAUAAAUGGGUCAAGUUUGUACAUUGUUUUGGUUGAUUAAGGAUUAAAUUGUUCACAAUUUGUAAAUACAUUCAGUAAAAUAUAUUGUAGUAACAUGUGUUUGUAUAUAUAUUUAUAUAUAUAGACAUAUACA